GCGGUUGCUAACGGUUGGACUUGAUGGAUCGGGCCGUACGCAGUGCGAUCGACCAAGUGACACUCGAUCCCGCGUGGCCCGAGGUACUCGACGUGCUCUACAGCAGUCUGGCGCAAUGCAUAACGGCGUUCGAAGCCAACCCGAGCGCGUGCCAGGUCGUGCUGGGCCUCUGUGGUGAGACGUUCCAGAUGCGAUAUUACCCGCAAACGCGCAGCCUCGGCUACCUCGUCCGCGAGCCAUACAUGUCGAACGACACUCUCGUCGCACUCACCGCCCAGUUGCACCCGCGGCUCCUUGCGAGCGUGGCCGACCACAUGGCGUCGACGCGAGCUCUCGAGCGGCCAUGCUUUCACCACCUCUUGCGCGGACUCGAGGCGUCCAUCCAAGGCGCAAGAAUGACGACGCGCGAUGCGUCCGCGAUCCCAACGCUACUGGCGUUUCUCGCUCGCGCGUUCGUGGCACCGUCGGUGCACGACCCAUUGCUCGAUGUCGAGCAGGCGCGCCACGAAGCUUCUCUGCUACAGCAGUGUCUCUUGGAGCGAGCCAACUUGGACGACACGACGUGGCGCUUGAAAGCGAGCCAGACGCUGCUGGGCGUGUCCGAGCCAUGGCGGUCGCCGGUGGCCCCCAUGCUCUCUCGCCUCGUACGAGAUGCCAUCCGCGACGACUUUCCGCAGUACAGCGAACAUGACGGCAAUUUGACGCUACAAAACGGCGUCGAAGGGCUACUGAACCAGCACUAUGUGCUCACACGAAGUCACUCGGCGUUUUUCGUGGCGCUUGCGCUGCCCAUUGCGAGCGUGUGGCCCGAAAAGAGCGGCCGUGACCUUGACCUUUUGAGUGCCUUUGCGCGCCUCCUGGAGACGCAUGUGCACCACCCGAUGCGCGGAGACGCCGUUGCCGGCUCCCAGCGGAUCUGGCGACGACUGGCCGCAGAGCAGCCGGCAUUGUACCAGCACAUUGAAGGUGUCUUUGGUGACGUGCCUGCUGCCAAGAAGCGACUCGCGAUGCUGGAGGCGCCAAGCGAACUCUUUGUCGGGUGGCUGCAAGUCAGCCUCGUGGGCUACCUCCGCAAGGACGUGCUGCAUUUCGUCUGGGACCAGGUUGUGCUGUAG